CAACAAACAACCCCCCCGAACCGCCUAGGCCAAACCCCCUCCGGCGCCGACCGACCGACUGCCCCACCAUGGAGCCCGCGGCGAUGGACCGCAUCGCCGCCCGGCUCGCCGCCGUCGACGGGCUCUACUUCCCCACCGCCUUCCUCUCCUCCUCCCCCUCCCCGCCGCGCCGCAAGGAGGCGCUCCUCUCCCUCCUCUCCCGCGACGCGCCGCUCUUCCUCGAGCGCUACGGCGCCGCGCUCUCCGCCGACGAGCUCGCCUCCUUCGACGCGCUCCAGGGCGGCCAUGGCGCCGAAGACGACGGCUACGAGGUCGCCUGGCACCUCCGCCGCCUCCGCUCCGGGGGGGCCACGCUGUCCCCCGCGCGGGUGCGCAACCGGCGCCGGGCGUACCUCGACCGGCUGGUGCGCGAGGGGGAGUACUUCUCCGAGGAGGCCAUGCGGGAGCGGGAGCCCUACCUGCACCACGAGUACCUGGGCAGGUUCCAGGACCCCGUCGGCCGGGCCAUGGCGCGGCCCGGGGAGAGGUGGUCCGAGACGCUGAUGCGGAGGGCCGAGGAGGCCGUCAUCGUGGAGAAGAUUCGUGGGGAGCAGAUUAGGAGAGGGGUUGACCCCAGCGAGUGGGUGGGUGGUGCUUCUGUUGCGCAGGCUAUGCAGGAGCAGGAAGAAGAGGAGGAAGAAGAAGAAGAGGAGGAGGAGGAGGAGGAAGAAGAGGAGGAUGUCGGCGCGGAGGAGAAUAGACGAGAGACCAUGAAUCCUAGUUCGACUGAGCUAGUUGUGCAUGAAGAUACUGACCAAAGCCCCAACGGUACUGGAGGUCCCCUUGCAGGGACUUUCAAGCAAACACUAUCUCCUGAGGAGAUGCAAGAUCAGCUGGAGCAGUUAACACAUGUGAUGCAGCAGAAGUUCCUCUCAGGUGAAGACUCAGAGCAUAUGGACUAUCCUCGGAUCGACAAUGACGAGAUGCUGGACGACCACUGGUCCAAAGAAGCCAACUACGAUGCCGAGGAUAAGUAUUUUGAAGAUGAUUAGAACAGUUCAAAAAAGUCUGCUAUCCCUUAUGAAAUACAGGAACACCUUUGCCCGUUCAAUGUUCUCGAAAAGAAGAGCUUCAUACCAGUUAAGUUAAGUAGCGGGGUCAGGUCACCUGCGCUGGUCAUGGUUAGACCUCCUGGCAGACCUCAGCAGCAUGUAAAUAUAUGCAUCGUGUAUGACAUGAGGAGCUCUAGAGUAAUAAGUCAGUAGUAGGCUAAUCGUCGAUGUUAAACCCGUCGCAUGGCAUCUGUGUACUGAAAUUGCAGUGUGCGUCGAGGCGUUUUUCUCUGAAUUUACUAUCAUGCAUUGCAUAUUUGCAUGGGGGUGGGUGAUUGAGAGGAUAUUCCGCGUCAAGAUUCAGUGAUUCUCA